AUGCGAUUUUCGCUCAAGUCCAAGAAAAGUAGAGCACCAAGUGCAGCAACGGCCUACGCUCCUUCAAAGUCUGCGUGCGAGGAGGUGGCCGCGGACGUAGUAUCAUCAGCUACUAGUUCAACGUUGGUAGAUGGAUGCCCAGCGGUGUUGGCUGAAUCUUGCAAAAAGGCUGAAUCUUGCAAAAAGGUUGAAUCUUGCAAAAAGUCCGAAUCGAAAACAGAUGCAAAACUAGCGAAAAUAGAAACUCUUUACGUCUUUAUCAAAUUCCAAUCGUUUGAUGGACUUUUCAAACCGACCACUAGUUUGUCGGAAUUUUUCUUACAAGGAAAAGGCAAUAAGCUCUUCCAAGGCAAAGAUCAAGAUUCCGCCUGGUCCACAUGUAUUGCUCUAGCGUAUUUUGAGAUUGUAAUGAAAGACUUUAAGGAAGAGUGGGAAUUGUGUUAUGAAAAGGCUAAGAAAGCAUUAGUUGGUUUGAGUGCGUACGACUCUGAUGCUAUUGAGAAGAUGAUUGAAGAAGCUCGAAAGUGGAUUACCGAGUGGUGUGCUUAA